AUGUCCCCCAUGAAGCCGCAGCCCCUUCAGGGCUCGUCCCCAUCCCCUGAUGCGCAGAAGUUCCGGAACUCCGGUGUGAUGUUGCGGCUGCGUUACACCGGCAACCGCCCGUGCCCAGAGAACAACACACCCUACUCCCUUAUUCCCUGCCCCUUGGAUCCGAUCUUGGUACCUCCAAAUGCAGCCCCAAAAGAAGAGCACUUUUGUCCUGCUGGUGGCCGAGCCCAGCCCUUGUCGGAGCGAGGACAAAAAGAGCUGCCUACGGAGAGUAAGGAGCUGGUGGGUGCUGAGGCAGGUGCGGGACCGGGUCUGUGCCCGGGUCCCGCAGGCAGGGAGCACGGCCGCUCACCCCUGCCCUCUCUGCUCUGGCAGGUCCUCAAGCCCUUACCGCUCCGCAAGGUGCUGAAGCGCAGCAGGCGCAGGAUCCUCCAGCUGCACGCGCCAGCCUGUCAGAGCUGGCUUUUCCAACAUGUGCUGGAGCUGGAGGAUGAGGCUGCCAGCAGGACCAAAGUGGGGCUGCAAGAGGAGGAGGAGAUGGAAGUCGAUGUGGAGGUGGAGGAGGAGGAGGCGAUGGAGGUGGAUGCGGAGGAGGAGGAGGCGAUGGAGGUGGACUGAGGAGUG